GGGAGCCGCAGUGGGCCGGGCGCGGCCUCUCCCUAGCUCCCGCCCCCGGCGCGUCUCCAGCAGGCUCAGAGCUCGGCAAGGCGCUGGGACAGCCGGGGCUCUUCUAACCAUGGCCCCCGGCCUGCGUGACCUCCCGCGGCGCGGCCUCUGGCUGCUGCUGGCUCACCAUGUCUUCAUGGUCACUGCCUGCCGAAAUCCUGACUAUGGCACCGUCAUCCACAGCGUAUGCUUCAACCACUUCCAGAAGAACAUGGACGCCAUUGGGAAGUCUCUGUGGUGUGACUGGGAAAAGACCAUAGAGAGCUAUUGGGAGCUCACUUACUGCACCAAGUAUGCGGCACACAAAAUUGGCUGUUUCUGGCCUAACCCGGAAGUGGACAAAUUCUUCAUCAUGAUCCACCAUCUCUACUUCAGCCAAUGCCCUGUCUCCGGCAGAGCACUUCAGGACCCCCCCAACAGCGUCCUCUGCCCCUUCCUCAUGCUCCCCAUCACAGCCACGCUGCUCAUGACUGCUCUGGUGGUCUGGAGGAGCAAACACACAGAGGGCAUCGUGUAGGUAUCCCCGGCGAUGGGGAGUUGGGCAUCAUGGGCCCAGCAACAGCAUCAGGGGCUGGUAGCGAGGCAGGCCCCACAGUGCAUCCUGCUCUAACCUAGUUAGCACAGGACUUUCAAGCGGCUCUGCAUUAAGCUAAACAUGCUCUAACUGGGGGCCCCUAGCAAGGGAGCGGGGGGGCAUGCUUCUCCUUACCUCUGAAAGAGUUCUAAGUGCCAAAUCUCUGGUAUACUCAUCACUGUGGCGGACUUUCUGACCUCCAAGCAAGAUGGCAUAGAUGUGAUUGUGGAUGCAUAGUUUGUGAUUAAAAGAGUAUUCCUAAACUUUGGGACGUGUUCUAAAUUUUGGG